AAACCACCUAGUAGGCAUCUGAUUACGGACGAUUGAGUGUUUGCCUGAAGCGAUGAAAUUGAAGUUGGGGUUUAGAGCAACUGCUGAACAUGGCUGUUCAUGUAUUUGGCUGACAGUAAUAGCUUUCCAGUGCUGCUUCCAGCUGUCAGCUGCUGCUGCCACCUUUUUUUACUGGACUGCAGAUGUUGGCUUAAGUUACUUCGACAGAGUAUCUAAUGAAACGGUGAUCAGUAUGUGUGAAUGUGGUAAGUUUGGAAUAAACUCACCGUUGAUGUCAGCUUCUGGGUUAACAGUGCUUCCAAAUUCAGAUCCUCUGGCAUGCUCGAAGAACACUACUUUCACUGCAAGUCACCAGCCAUGGAUUGCCCUGAUAAAAACUGGAAAAUGUUCCUACACAAAGAAGAUCAAUGCGGCCCAGCGAGAAGGAGCCUCUGCUGUGGUUAUUUACAAUGAGGACGGGACAGGCAAUGAUGUUGUACUUAUGAUGUAUUCAGGUGCUGAUGAUCUAGUUGCUAUCAAUAUUGGCAAUAUUUUAGGCACAGAGAUUGCUAACCUGAUCAACAACGGUUUAGAUGUUAAUAUGACGAUUAAUGUAGCCACUCCAACUGGCGUGUGGAAGGGUACAUGGGCAUAUGUGCUGUCUUUCACUUUCAUUGGAAUAACAGCCGUCACGAUGUUCUACUUUGCAUUCCUGUUUAUGAAGCGCAUGUACAUAAACCGACAACUUCGUAGGCAACAGAUGGAGAUAAAAAGAGAGACUGAAAAGGCAAUUGGAAAGCUACAAGUGCGGACUCUGCGGACAAGUGACCCGGAGGUUGAUUCAGAUGACACUGGCUGUGUGGUGUGCACUGACUCAUACCAACGUGGUGAACAGGUCACAGUAUUACCCUGCAGGCAUUUAUACCAUAAGAAAUGUAUUGAGCCAUGGCUUUUAGAACACCCCACCUGUCCCAUGUGCAAAUAUAACAUCCUCAAAUCCAUGAUUGAGGAGGAAAGCUAUGACCAGCCUUCAUCAUCAUCUUCAUCAUCAUCUUCUUCUUCUUCAUCAAAUAACACUUUCUGUUUAGCUACAAUAACAACAUCAGCAGAUCAACGCAACACAUUACAAUCAAACAUCCAAACUGAAGAAACAGCAGCUGGACAUACAUCAGACCCUGUGUGCUGCAACCUGGACAAUCAAACACAACAUAUAUAUGAUAACCCAGGAUUUGAAGAAGACCCAGUGAUAAUAUAGAGCAUCAGAACAUCAACCAACAACUUAAAUAUUAAACUGUGACAUAUUACAUUUUUGAAUAUUUACAUAUUUUGACAUCUGAAUAUCUCAAACAGCAACUUCUAUGAAACAGAAGGACAUUUAAAAGGAUGAAAAAUAGGAAAAACAAAAUUGGGAUGUUUAAAGUCAUCAUGAAAUAGAAGUUAAGAUUGUCCUUUUCCCCUAUCUUGACAUACAUUGAAUUGAAAUGGUUUUUGAUUUGAGGAAAAACAUAGGGCAGCGCAUGUUUUUGUUCUUUGGGAACUGAUUGGGUCAUUUGAAGAUGGUUGCUCACAACAAGUUAACAAGUUGCUAACAAAAUGAAGGAUGAUUUGAAUGCUAUUUUGAACUUGGUUGUGGAGGAGUCACAGUCAGCUGAGCUCCCUCUGAAGCAGAAUGUUUUCAGAUGCCCCAUGAUGACGAGGAGCUAAGUUUUACAGAUGAAAUUGUAUCAUAUUCAAAACACUGCUUCCUGCAAAGGCAGGGUAGAAUGACACAUGCCCUGAUAGCCCCACCACACAGGCAUUCCACGUGACCAUAAGUCUCAAUGGAACAGGGAAGGUUAUAGUAUUUAGUUAAAAAUAUGAGGGCUAAAUUACUUUUUACAAAAUAAUGAAGUGCAUAGAAACAUGAUUUAUAACAAGCACUACUAUAUACAUUUAAAAAUAAGAAAUGUUGAUAUCAUGCCUGACUUUAAAGGGCACCUAUAGAUGAAAAUUCUACUUUUCAAGCUGUUUGGACAGACAUGUGUGUAUGUAUAGUGUAUAGAGCGUCAUUUGGGGUGAUAUAAACACACCCAGUCCUUUUUUUUUCAAUUUAACAACAUAAAAACAGUGGACCAAGUGGAGCGGUUUUCAGAGCGACCGCAACUUGACAUAGGAGAGCUGUCCCCCCGCCCACCAAUAUUGAUUGACAGGCGCAUCACCAUAUCCUCAGUCGUUUCACGUCCGCCAUUUUCAGCGUGUGAGUCAAAGCGAUGUCACUAAAGGAACACCCUUGCUCUAUUUUUAGAUGUAAGGCUCAUUGGGCUCAACACAAGAUCAACAUUCACUACAUUAUCGCUCUAAUCGGAGUUAUUGUUUGUACCUUUAGGUAGGUUUGCAAACAUGUGUACUUUUCAUUGCGUCUACCUUAAACUUAAGCCGUUUGCAUUUCUCGCGGUCACAGAAGCUCCCUGUGAUCUUAACUAGGUGCAGCUGGAAAGUGCGAGCACAUUACCUCACGUGCGCCUCCCUUAUAAAUUAACGAACUUGCCUGCAGGUCGCACAUCAGAGACGGCGCUCUGAGACGCGCAGUGCCAUGCAUUUUAGAAUUCUAAACAUAGGUUUUUAUCAGGGUACACAUAACGGCGCUUCAAGUCGGCAGCUGUCCGCAGCGCCCAGCAACAAUUCGGGACACUUCAUGUUCCCGCCGCGCCACAGAGCGCCAUCUGAAUAGUUUCAUUCUAAAUAACAUCUGAAUGUGCGUGUCUGAGUGUGCUGUGUCGCAGCUCUGGUGCCUCAGUCAAAGUUAAUUCAGUGUGCGUGGUUAUUAGUCUCGGUGUACACGCUCGGAACUAUAAACUAGCACACAGUUGGCUGUAAAACUUUACAAAGACACAAAUGAUUUGGUACUCUCUGCUUGGUCUGUGUCCGACUCGUACAUGUAAGGCUGAAUGCUUGUCCUCUCACUCAUGUUGCUUCUCUCUGUCUGCCUGUCUGUUGCAAACACAGAGCAGGGGAGCUCUUGGCUCCGCCCCUUUGUUGCGUUGAGGGGGAAGUCGAAACUAAUUUUCAUGUGAAGCAACUCACCCCUAAAACAGCGAGCUGUGUACACGCCCCCAAAAUGACACUUUUUAACCGUUUUAAACUGAACCUAAACUGGCACACUCAGAAGAACCAUAAUAUUAAUAUUAAAUCUUAAAAAAAGUAAACUAUGUGCCCUUUAAAGUGUGACAGACUAACAAUAAUUGCAGAAUUAUUUAUUGUGAAUCAGUUUUAAAAGGCACCUAUUUUGCUAAAAUCAGUUUUAUAAGGGGUUUAAGCACAGUUGUGUGGCAACAUUGUGUGAAUACAACCUCUAAUGGUGAAAAUGAAUUAAUUCAAAUUUUCAUAAUCAACACUUUGUCUGACAUUCUCCAUUUGCACAUUUCAAGAGUUCACCCUUAGCUGAUGAUUGGUAAUAAGCUUGUUUGUCAUCCUGUCCCAGGAGAGAGCCCUGAGCUUAUGAGAUCCUCGUGCCCUGGGCCCCCUCUCGUUAGCAGGGCGAAAGGGUAGUUUGAGCUCAGGUAGAUCUCGAUGAACUCCCCUGACUUAUUUUUGGCUAAUGACAGAUAUAGGGAUGGCUAAGGAGAGAUAUGCGGCUUGCUAAAAGCUUGAGUACGAUGCAUUUUAGGAUGUUCAAUUUACUUAGGUUGCGUGUUAUUUGGACUGUGAGAGGAAAUCGGAGAACGCGGGGAAAACCCACGCGAGUACGUGGAGAACGAGCAAACUGUCGACUGGUUUAGUAGGAACUUUAACCAGUGACAUUCUUACUGUGAGGCAACAGUGCUAAUCUCUAGGUCACAGUUUCGCCCAUCUAGAAAAGAGGGGGUGUAGGGAUGGGUGAGGGGGGUGUUCUUCAAGACGAAGAUGCUAAGAUAAGAAACUCUGGAUAAUUAUAGUGGGUUAGGAAUCAUCUGAUUGGUGAAUCAAUUGUAAGCUUAUGCGGGACCAGCCGUAGACAAUAAUAAGCAUGUGAUCCUCUCAUAAUUAGUUUAGAAAUAAACUUUACUUCAUCAGAGGGGGAAAGCCCCGCCCAUUAGUGACAAUCUGUCCCUCGUUAGCAUAGACAGCCCUGAAAAAGCUCCACCCAUUAGUGAUGAUCUGUCCUUUAUCAGCAUAGAUAGCCCUGAUUGAGAAGCAGCCAUCCGCCAUUAAAGUUUUCAAACCGUACCUGCAAAAGAUGGUAGGCUUGUUCGACUUCACACAGCGUCGCAAGAAUCGGCUGCCACCUAAAAAUAAAAGCAAUGCAUUCUGGUUAGACAAUUUGUCCGAUAAUUUACCAUGGGAGCAAAACGAGAGCAGGCGCUCAGGUCAGAUGCUGCAGUUGCUCAAAAUUGGCUGCGAAAGGCUUUCAUGACAACACACUAUAUUCUCAUUGGUCAGAGUCUGUGAUGACAAGGAUGACACGUGUUACAUGGUUUAAUCACUAAUUUAUUUAUUUUUUACACGUUCAUAUAUUAACCAAACUUUAUAUAAACUAUAUAAUAUUUAAAUAAAUAUGAAAACAUUAACAAAAAUAAGAUUAGACUAUCUAAAUAUGCUCUUAUUGGAUAAGAAUAAAUGCUCGUAAAACAUUCUAUAUUAAUAAAAUUAAAUAUGUUAUAUACACAAACAAUAUAUUAAAAAAAAGACAAUGUUCUUAAUUUUUUUUCAGAGAAAAGCAAUGUUUUACAUCAAAUAAUGUUUAGGUUUAGUUGAUUUAGUGUCUCUUCACUACUCCUCCGGGUCCUGCGCCUGCAAACAGCAGAUCUCACAGGCUAGUGCUGGUCAGCUCAAACAAACCUCCUGUCAGAGACUAAGAGGCAUUAUAAAUGUGGAGUUUUAGGAUGCACAAAUGAAUACAGCAGUCUCCAUAGAUGACCUUCUUCUGAGCCACUUUCUUUUUCAUUUUCAGAAAUAACAUUAGUCCCUUUUUUUUAAUCUGCCGUUAUGCUGAUGCAUUGGCGUUUGUAGUUCCGCCUUCUUUUGAAAAGAGAUCUGGCAGCACAAUCUUAUUUGAAUUUAAAGCGACAGUCAGCAAAAUCUAAAUAAUAUUUUAAUAAAUUAAUUAUAAUUAAACUAAUAAAUGUAAUACUUUAAUGCUUAAAGUUGACAUGAAGCGGAAGUUAAGACAGUCCUAUUUCCCAAUAUCAUGUUGUAGUGCUCAUGGACAUUUAAUGGCUUUUCUGAGGUAAAAGUGAUGUAUUUAGGCAUUAUUUACAAGCUGUUUAUUAACAUGCAGUCAAAACAAUUGAGUGAUUACAUGAAAUUUGAUUUAAAUAGGUUGUAUUGUUUUUUUUUUAAUCAGCAGAAUUGAAGUUCACAAAAGCAGCUUCAUCGAUCUUUCAAGGCACAUUAUAGAUCAGGCAUGGGCAAACUCGAUCCUCGAGGGCCGGUGUCCCUGCAGAGUUUUGCUCCAAGACUAAUCAAACACACCUGAACACCCUAAUUAGUGUCUUCAAGAUCACUAGAAAGCAACAAGCAGGUGUGUUUGAUUAGGGUUGGUGCAAAACUAUGCAGGGACACCGGCCCUCCAGGAUCGAGUUUGCCCAUCCCUGUUAUAGAUUGUCAAAAAAGGUUUGAAUGGACAGAAUUUAAAAGCUGGGAUUUUGGGUUAUUCUUUUUAUUAUUGCAAGCAUAAAGAUUGUGAUUAUUGGAUGCCAGAUUUUCUACAAAUAAUGUUAAGUGCACUGGAAAAAAAAAAUCCUGGUUGCCUUAAAUUUUUAAGCAUAAUCAAAUUAACCUUUUGAGUUCAUUGAACUUAAACUGACCUUAAACAGUUUGCAUAACUUACAUGAUUAACUUAUGACCUAAAAACAUGUGCUGUCAGGACUAAUUGAUCAUUUAAUUUUUAUACAGUGUCAAGGUUUAAUGUUCAUGUUUAUUGAAACAAUUGAUCCAGGAAAUUGUUAAACUGAUGUGGGAGCAAAACGAGAGCAGGCGCUCAGCUCAGAUGCUCCAGUUGCUCAAAAUUGGCUGCAAAAGGCUUUCAUGAUGACGUGACGAAACAAUAGAUCUAGGAAACUGUUAAAUUGAUGUAAAACUGUUCUUGUAAUAAUGGAGUUUAAACCAUAUGGCAAACUAUUUUAGAGAGAAAGCACCUGUGAUCUAUAAUUGGUAUUAUACUUGUACUUUAGUAUCAAUAGGGGAAAUGAUGUUUGUAUUUUUACACCAUGCUAAUCAAUUUGCAGGUUGAUCAACCAAUAUGUUUAAAUGAAACAAAUGAUCCUGCUGUAACUAAAUACUUUAUGCAGUAUGAAGCUCUGUGAAACACUACAAUAGUUAUAUGUUUAUUACUGUUGUACUGUAAUGUGACGGCUUUGAAGAUUUGCUCAGAAAACUCAAAUAUAUAUAUAUAUUUUUGCAAUCACA